AUGGCGGUAAUUGUUUCAUGUCAAGUUAUAUAAUCUAAUACUGUCGAACAAUCCAGAGAGAUUAUCAGUAAGCCAGUUGCAAGACAUUGAAUAAUGGAUUGCUUGUUAAUUAGUAUAUGGGACCCUUGACAAGAGAAUUGCGUAAUUAUUGAGGUCAUUCUCGCAUUGUUUGUCGCUAUGUGGUGUUAAUGAUUUGAUGUUAACAGAUUGGUUGUUAUGAUAUAGUGUUCUCGACGUUUACCUCGAGGGUUAUCAAUUUAUAAACUACCUGACAGCUACGACAAAAUACAUGAUCAUUGUGAAAAGAGUGACAAUAGAAACGGAUGCCGAGUCCGGUCUAGAAAUACUAGUAGCUAAAGUAAAUCAACUUGGGGUCAGUGUAAAAGCAGUUAUAUGUCGACACCGACCCAUCUCCAGUUGUGAGUAACAAGGUAUGAACGAGCCAGUUAUGCCUAUAUGGUGUCAGUAAUAUAUUUUAUUGCCUGGAAUAUUUGAAAAAGAAAAAAACACAUUAUGCCAUACGUGGAUCUGAAACCCCCAAAACGGCGCAGCAUUUCAAAUAGUGUAUACAAGAGAGUGAUUACAUUUUUUGUAGUGGUUGUAAUAGCAUCAGUUUUUAUAAUGUAUGGAGGUGUGAAGUCAUCAGUCAUUCAUGUAAACAUUAGCACUGAGGACAAAGAUCUACAUACAUAUAUAGAUGGUAGAUUAACAUCAGAAUAUGAAAUUGAAACUACCUAUAAAGAUCCUAAAAUUAUAUUAUGGUAUGUUCCACCUAGAUAUGUUAAUAAUACACCAAAUCUACAACCUUUAAAGGCGUGUCCAGAGAGAAGCUGUUUUACCACAACAAAUAAAAAGUAUAUGAAAGAAGCUGCAGCUGUUUUGUUCAAUGCUCAGAUUAUGCAAAUACCCAAACCGAUGUCAAGACCAGACCCUAAACAAAUAUGGAUACUUCAUGAUACAGAGCCCGAGAAACCCGACUGGAGUCACAGUGUAGCUUUUAGAAAACCAGAAUGGCGGGAUUUAUUCAACUGGACCAUGUUUUAUAGGGAGGAUUCUGAUAUUUUCGCGCCUUACGGCAUUGUGAGAAAGAAAACACCGUCUGAGUUGUUUAAUAGAGAUUUAGAUUCGCUUGUUAAAUCAAAAACUAAAAAUGUGGCUUGGAUGGUCAGUCAUUGCACCACACAUGGUAAAAGAGAUGAAUAUGUUAGGCUACUUCAGAAAUAUAUCGACAUCGAUAUCUACGGUAACUGCGGUUCUUUACAGUGGCCAAGAAACCGGGACAAGGAAUUUAUGCACAUGCUAAAUUCAACAUAUAAAUUUUAUCUAGCUUUUGAAAAUUCAUUUUGUGAGGAUUAUAUAUCAGAAAAAUUAUAUCGUUAUUAUAAAGCCGACUAUAUUUUAGUGGUUCGAGGUGGGGGCAAUUAUACAAAAUAUAUUCCUGCUGGAACAUUUAUAGACACCAGAGAUUUUAAAACUAUCAAGGAUUUAGCUGAUCAUCUACACAAUCUCAGUACAAAUCACGAGGCUUAUAUGAAAAUAUUAAGAAAAAAAGAUUUGUAUAUAAGCGUGACCGAACCACUGAAAACAGUAGCAGGCAACAGUGUUAUUUAUACCCACUACCAAUACGAGACAGCAUCGCUUUGCGAAGUUUGUUAUAGACUCAAUAAUUUACAAAAAUAUACAAAAACAAUUGAAAGAAUUGACAAAUGGUUUGAUAAAAAGUUGUGCUAUCCGCCAACUGAUCUCAAGUGACCUUGUAUAUUGUAUAUAUACUUUAAAGGAUUGUAUGUCAGAAUUUAUCUGGACGUAUUUUUUUAUUUAUAUAUAUAUAUAUUUAUUUAAAACUGCUUUUUUAUCAGGAAUUCGAUGAAUAUAUUUUAGUCCCAAUAGAGGUACCAGCUGAAAGAUGCAUUGCGUUAGGUAAAAAAAAAACCCAGAGAAACGCAGCAGUGAUUAAGCUAUGUCUGAGUUAAAUUUACCGACGGAACGAGAGAGGGAGAUAGAUAAAUAGGAGUGUCCACUCAACACAAACUAGGUAAUUUCGGGACUAACAUAUGGUUCAAUUUUAUUUCAAUAUUUCGCUUGCGCAUAGAGAUCUUUACCAGUGAGGGGAAACCGGAGGACCCGGAGAAAACCCACGAGGUUGGACAGGCGACCCUACUCCUUGUCUGAUUUCAAUAUAUAUAGUCUUAUAUUGUGUUGAAAAGUUAUACCCACAAAGUUGUGUUCUUUUUGGAUUGCAUUAACAGAAGUUCUGUGUUUACAUUGUCGUUUUUCCUGUUCGCAUAUUGCUUGUGGGCUCUUCUCUGGAGUCUUAAAGUUCUCACCUGGUUGACUUGAAAUUUCCAAAAAGAAAAGCUUAAGUUCAUGGAGACGUAGCUGUUUAUUUCUGAUAAUUACUUACAUAUCUAUUGCCAUUGAUCAAUUUAUACAUAUAGUGCUUAAAUUCAUUGGGCAAAAAAGCCUAUAUUCCAUAAUUGUUGUUGGAUUUUUGGCCCUUGAUCAACUUUAGAAAUCUUUACAAACAUAUAACCGCUUUGACGUGAGACGAUGUUGGAGGCUCUAGAUGAUAAUUAUUAAAGCUAUUUUAAAUGUAUACACAGUGUUUAUGGUCAUUUAAUUGGAGUUAUUGGCCUUGUCACAAAUUUCUGAUUGAUACUGUAUUUAUUAUCCGAUUUAUUUGACAUUUGUACACA